UUGGUUUCCAGGAAAUGACGUCAGGCGGCCGCGGAGAUGGAGGACGUGCUGGACCUAGGCGAAGAGCGGCGCCGCGGCUCGGCCAGCUCCGGACCCAAGAUGGGUCGCCGAGCUCAACAGGAGUCAGCUCAAGUCGAGAAUCAUCUCAGUAGCAAGAACUCCUCUUCAAUUCUGACUGGAGAGGCUCCCCCUCCCAAACCGCCCCGCAGGCAUGGAGGCUGGGCAGAUGAUUCCAUGAAGGCUUCAAAGUCAGGAAGGAGGGCUUCUGAAGAAAUAGAAGAUCACCGCCUCAGGCAGCAGAGCUUGGACAGAUCGGAUGAUGGAGGAGACAUUCCUGUUAUUCCGGAUCUGGAAGAAGUACAGGAAGAAGACUUUGCUUUGCAGGUGGCCGCCCCUCCCAGCAUCCAGGUAAACCGGGUGAUGACCUUCCGUGACCUGGACAAUGACCUCAUGAAGUACGCAGCCUUCCAGACCUUGGAUGGAGAGAUCGACCUGAAGCUACUCACCAAAGUCCUUGCACCAGAGCAUGAGGUCCGAGAGGAUGACGUCAGCUGGGACUGGGACCGUCUGUACACUGAGGUGUCCUCCGAGCUCCUCACCGAGUGGGACCUGCUGCAGGAGGAGCCCGUGGGACAGCCCGCACACCCCUGAGCCCUGGGGGGUCAACAGCCUGCUCUCCCCGCACAGAGUAAUUUCUGCUUUGGACUUGAAAAAAAUGCCAUAAGCCUAAACCUAAAGAAGCUUGCAAACAGCUUCGAAUUUUUUAAUGGAAUAUUUUGUAAUAAAAGUACUUAUUUUCAGUAGACCACAUUGGAGCAUUGGUUGUAAUAAAUUACUUUAUUCUGUGGCCA